AUGUCUCUGACCAGGGCUGAGAGGACCAUCAUCGUGUCCAUGUGGGGCAAGAUCUCCACGCAGGCAGACAUCAUUGGCACCGAGGCCCUGGAGAGGCUCUUCUCCAGCUACCCCCAGACCAAGACCUACUUCCCGCACUUCGACCUGCACGCGGGCUCCGCGCAGCUGCGCGCGCACGGCUCCAAGGUGGUGGCUGCCGUGGGCGACGCGGUCAAGAGCAUCGACAACGUGGCGGGCGCCCUCUCCAAGCUGAGCGAGCUGCACGCCUACGUGCUGCGCGUGGACCCGGUCAACUUCAAGCUGCUGUCCCACUGCCUGCUGGUCACGGUGGCCUCGCACUUCCCCGCUGACUUCACGGCCGACGCGCACGCCGCCUGGGACAAGUUCCUGUCCAUCGUGUCCCGCGUCCUGACCGAGAAGUACCGCUGA